GAUUUUUGUGAACCUGGCUUGCUCGAGCCCACCCAAGGCAUUCGAGGGUGAGCUGGGGCCUGAAAUGUUGUCUCCAGAGAGCUGCCCUGGCUGUUUAUUGUCUUCUGACACCACCAUGUCCAAUUACUGUAUUUGAUUCGUUGUAGCUUUGGAAAAAGCCCUGGCCGUCCUGGUUCUGCCAUCCGUUUCCCUAGCACCAACCCGUUGUCAUGUCGAAGCUAAAGUGCUCGGAGUCGGUCAGAGUCGUGGUGCGAUGCCGGCCAAUGAACAGCAAAGAGAAAGCAGCCUCCUAUGAACAGGUGGUCCAGGUAGAUGUCAAGCUGGGGCAGGUGUCAGUGAAGAACCCCAAGGGAGCAUCUCAUGAGCUGCCAAAGACUUUCACCUUCGAUGCUGUUUACGACUGGAAUUCCAAACAGUUUGAACUUUAUGAUGAGACCUUCCGUCCCCUGGUGGACUCUGUGCUGCAGGGGUUCAAUGGGACCAUCUUUGCCUACGGGCAAACCGGGACGGGGAAAACAUACACGAUGGAAGGUGUGCGUGGUGACCCUGAGAAAAGAGGGGUCAUCCCCAAUUCCUUUGACCACAUCUUCACCCACAUUUCCCGGUCUCAGAACCAGCAAUACCUUGUGAGGGCUUCUUAUCUGGAGAUCUACCAGGAGGAGAUCAGGGACUUGUUGUCAAAGGAUCAGUCCAGGCGGCUGGAGCUGAAGGAGCGGCCGGACACGGGCGUGUAUGUGAAGGACCUGUCGUCUUUCGUCACCAAGAGCGUCAAGGAAAUAGAACACGUCAUGAAUGUGGGGAACCAGAAUCGUUCCGUGGGAGCUACCAAUAUGAACGAGCACAGCUCUCGUUCCCAUGCCAUUUUUGUGAUCACCAUUGAAUGCAGCGAGGUGGGGCUUGACGGGGAGAACCACAUCCGGGUUGGCAAACUGAACCUCGUGGACCUCGCCGGCAGUGAGCGCCAGUCUAAGACUGGAGCCCAGGGAGAGAGGUUGAAGGAGGCCACCAAGAUCAACCUCUCCCUUUCUGCCCUGGGCAAUGUCAUCUCUGCCCUGGUGGACGGCAAAAGCACCCAUGUUCCCUACCGGGACUCAAAGCUAACCCGGCUGCUUCAGGAUUCCUUGGGCGGCAACGCCAAGACGGUGAUGGUGGCCAACAUUGGCCCAGCCUCAUACAACGUGGAGGAAACCCUCACCACCCUCCGGUAUGCCAACCGUGCCAAGAACAUCAAGAACAAGCCAAGAGUCAACGAAGAUCCCAAGGAUGCUCUGCUGCGGGAAUUCCAGGAGGAAAUUGCUCGGCUCAAGGCUCAGCUGGAGAAGCGUUCUGUUGGGAAGAGGAAGAAGAAAGAGCGGCGGCGGGAUGGAAGUGUUGGUGUUGGUGGAGAGGAGGACGACGAGGAAGAGGACGAUGGUGAAGAGGGUGAUGAGGAAGGGGGAGACAAAGAUGACUACUGGAAGCAGCAGCAAGAGAAGCUGGAGAUUGAGAAGAAGGCCAUUCUGGAAGAUCACAGCUUGGUCGCCGAAGAGAAGAUGAGAUUGCUGAAGGAGAAGGAGAAAAAGAUGGAAGAUCUGAAACGCGAGAAAGAAGCUGCUGAAAAGCUGGGUGCCAAAAUCAAGGCAAUGGAAAGCAAACUUCUUGUUGGAGGGAAAAAUAUUGUUGAUCACACAAACGAGCAGCAGAAAAUCUUGGAACAGAAGCGGCAGGAGAUUGCUGAGCAGAAACGCCGAGAGCGAGAAAUCCAACAGCAGAUGGAAAGUCGGGAUGAGGAGACUUUGGAGCUGAAAGAGACAUACAGCUCCCUGCAGCAGGAGGUGGACAUUAAAACAAAGAAGCUGAAAAAGCUGUUUUCCAAGCUGCAAGCAGUGAAGGCUGAAAUCCACGACCUUCAGGAAGAGCACAUCAAAGAAAGACAAGAACUGGAGCAAACUCAGAAUGAGCUCACGCGGGAGCUGAAGCUCAAGCACCUGAUUAUUGAGAACUUUAUUCCCCUGGAAGAGAAAAACAAGAUCAUGAACCGAUCGUUCUUUGAUGAGGAGGAGGAUCAGUGGAAGCUGCACCCCAUCACCCGGUUGGAGAAUCCACAGAUGAUGAAGAGGCCAGUAUCCGCCGUGGGAUACAAGCGGCCCCUGAGCCAGCAUGCGAGGAUGUCCAUGAUGGUCCGCCCGGAGGCCCGGUACAGGGCAGAAAACAUUGUGCUGUUGGAGCUCGACAUGCCCAGCCGGACCACACGGGACUACGAGGGCCCAGCCAUCGCGCCCAAAGUCCAGGCUGCCCUGGAAGCCGCGCUGCAAGAUGAAGAUGAGAUUCAAGUGGACGCCUCCACUUUUGAGAGUACAUCGAACAAGAAGUCAAAAUCCAGACCUAAAACUGGAAGGAGAUCUGGAGGCUGUUCCUCCAGCACCUCUGGGUCUCAGCUCUACCCACAGUCUCGUGGGUUGGUACCCAAGUAGAACCCAGCAAUUCCCUGCCAGGGCCAGGCUUGCAUCUUGCCUUUCAGGAGCUGGGGCAAGUAAGACACCUGGAGGGGGACUUAACGACCAAACUCCGAAACAGCUCCUUUUGACCAGCAGCAGCAGGCGCCUCUCUGCCGCUGAACUGGCCUGUGCUUAGCACCGUGUGUUCCAGGUGGGUGUCUACCCGAUGUGGCAGAAUUCACUUUCCCUCUGGCAGUUGGUCUCUAAGGGAAAAGAGACUUUAGUUAGGAAAUCAGAAAUGCAUGAGGUACAUUAGUGUGUGUGUUAGAUGCAACAAGAAGCAUAGGGGCCAUGCCUGCCCCGCCGCCCUCCCUUCCCGCCCUGGAGGCUCUGCUGCCUCUGGGACGAUGGACUGGAGUCCACAGUCGCCUCUGUGGAGCCACCACUGUGGAACUCCAAGAAGCGAACAGCAUGAAUGAGGCUGAGAAACGCCAAGAGGAUUUAUCCGGCCACGGUAUAUAACAUUUCCUUGCUUUCCAUCACAAGAUUGGCACUUUCGGUUUUUAUUUUGGGGGGUAGUAUCUAUGGACCCCAGGAAGAGGUGAGACCGAAAUGCGUCCCACAGCUAGGUAGACAUGUUUCCCUUUAGAAAAGCAGACCAAAGGGGGGCUUUGAAAGCUUGCCCUUUGGAAUAGAAGCAAUAGAAAUUUAAUAACUCCUUUACCUGUUUACAAGGCCUGGCAAGUGUUGUUCUAGGUGGAACACCUGGAAACCUCGCCGCAAUGCACAGGGUUCACCUUGUUCACCACAACGUCUGUCUACCAUUGAACACACUAGCGUCUUUUCUCGGCUCGCCAGCCAGCCAGCUUUGCUCCACCAGAUACCUUUCCUUUGGGGCCUAUCUGGCUGCUGCUUUGUCGUCUUCCCUUGUCCAGAUGGCAGGUGUGCCUUCUUGAGACCUAUUCUAGUUUCCUCGUGCAAGUGAGCCUCUUCCAGGGUCAUCCUCUCCUAGCAACUGCAGAAUGCCCUUCUGGGAACAGAGACUGGCUGGCCACCGGAGUUGCCUUUCGUUCUCAUCCUGUCUUACGUACAAGGUCUUUCAGCGUUUUGAGCCCUGAAUCUUCCCAGUUGAAUGAGGAUGAAAUACAGGUUUGAGCAGAAAAGAAUGGUGCUGAAUGUAGUUCUGAUUCACACUAAAACUCCUGCUUUAGAGAGACUCGUUUUUUUUCCUCUUUCAAAGCAACCCUAUGGGCAAAGCAGGUCACUUAGCCAUGUGUGGGAAAUGCAAUGCUGCUAAACUAGACCAGGUCAAAAGGCUGAAGAAAGUGCACCCCUGUGUAUCAUUUUGCAGUUCAGUUUGUAAGUUUCAGAUGGUUGUAUAUUGAGAAUUCAGUUAUUUUUUGGUUGAUGUUGUACUGUGAAUAUAUUUUUGUGAAUACUUUUUUCACCGACUUCCUCUCUGAAUGUUUUAAUGGCCCUUCUUAGAUCUUGCUGCGUGCGUGCAUGUCUGUACGUAUGCGAAUUUGCUUGAUCUUUGAAAUAUGCUCACUGUAUAUGGCCUUUGCUUGGUGCCCUCCUUCUCUGAGAAAUCCUCUCGAGGGUAUACGAACUCCAUGGCUUCUGAUCCCUUGACCAAGGACACCCUGAGAAGCAUCCUGCUGGCAUGCUGCCUCAGGAAGCCCGGAGCUGCUGAAAUAGGCCCUGUGUGUUUUACAUCACAGGAUGGAUUUCUCAAGUGCUGCUUUUAACAAAACAGCCAGUUCUGUGGAUCCGUGGAACAUCUUCUCAGUGAGGCUUCUUGGGUGUUGCUGUCACAUGGGCCAAAGGCUUUGCCUUUGAGUAGGCUGGGCUGGUUGCAACAAAGAUCCUUUUUUGACUUUUGCAAUAUGUAAGAAUCUGCUCUCCCUGUCGACCCCACUCCCAUCCUUUUAAUCCCCUUUCCUGUUAUUGAAGAAAAGGGUUGUAUGGCUUAUGUCACUGAGAAGCAGUGGUUGUACAUCCAAAGACAAAGGUCCAGCGGUGCAUCUGUGGAAUUUAUCACCCUGAUGAACUUCUGUUAGGGUGUAGUUCUGGUUAGAAUGAAACAUUUAGUUUUGAGCAUCACGCAGGAAAUAUCUAUUAGCAGUUGAUUUUUAGUGUGAACAGGCAGGGCAGGCCAGUUAUUGGUUAACUUGAGUGAAAUCACUUGGCAGCAGUUCAGGGCAGAUCAAAGAGGAAUUGAAACCAAUAGCCUCUUCAUUGCUUUAUUUAUAACUUGAAACAUUGUAGGAUCAGAGUAAACGCUUUCUCAUAUGUCUAAAGAUUCCCAACAUCUCAUGCUUCAUUGUGUUGCUCUUGCAGGGUAUUUCUUGGUAAGGGAGUUUAUUAUUUAAACCCGACGCACAUGCAGAAUUGCCCUAAUAAAUGGGUGUGCCAGACUUGCCUGGUCUAUUUGAAGACUUGGACAGCAGUCCUAGGAAAGGAGUACAGCUAUUCUGCCCGAAACAGAUUUGCUACAAUCCAUGUAACUGGAUAUUGACUUUCUUUCCCCACUUAAUUCAGUAAAAGGAGCUCUUGGGGUUGAGGGCCAAAUGUCAGAUGAUAUGGAGCACAUGGCAUUUAAAGCACUUGCUUUAAAAGCUUAACAUGAAACUCCUUGAUGCCACUUAAAUUUUCAUAGCAAACACCCCUCUUUCCCAGCCUUUAAAUAGGUAGGAUGCAUUAUUUAGAAAGUCUCAAAUACAGUUGUCCUGCAUCACCAAAUUUUGACCUAUUAAUAUUCACUCUGCAAAGGUAUGUGUUUAGUUUUUUAUAUUUUGACUCUAGAGUUAUAUUUUGACUCUAUAGUCCAGGCUUUAAAAGAAGCCAUGGAUCUCAAGGUACAAUUCUCCCAGUGGUAAUCCUCCAGCCAAACGAGAAAAGUUAAUGUCAGGGCCAUGAUCCUAUGCUUGCAUGAUACUGGUCAAUUGUGUGGAUGUUCAGCAGCUUGGCUCUGGAAGUUGGGUUGCUUGCUGAUUUUAAUCUGUUCUGGUUUCACACAAUGGGUCCAAUCUUCCAUGUAUGGUUUGUGCUCAAGCCCAACUGAAAAGUGGCUUAUACUGAAACCUUUCCUGGUGGUCUGGACAUGAUGGACACAACUGUCUUCUGUGAGAUUUCUCAGAUCCUUGGGAGUACCUUAACUGCCUACUCUUAUUUCUCUGUACAUAAACAGCAAAGAUGUCAAUAGUUCCUUUCUGGUCAUAAAUUUUACAGCUUGUAUCUGUAAUAAUCUCUCAUCUAGGAAUGUAAAAGUGCUCCUAAAGAAGUGUAAUAAAAUCAAUUGGAUUUAUUGUAUGUAAAAUAUUAAUAAUUAAAAAUAAAGCCUCUUUCCCCUUGG